AUGUCGUCGAAUGCUUCCUCAUCAGGCAUCGAAAGUGAUACUGAUAGUUCGCCUAGUCUCAAUGAAGAUAAAGAAACUCACUUGACAUCGGAUAUACAUAAUGUCAACGAUGAAUCAAUUGAGACAUUGAAGAAUGAUAAUGAUGAUGAAGGAUUUGUUAAUAUGAAUUUUAAAACAAAAAAAUCAACUGUGAUGUCUGAUAUUAAGAAGCAAUUUACUGAAAAUCUGAAUAAUAAACAAAUUAUUUCAAUUGUACCCAAAUCAAUUCGUAAGAAGUCUUGUCAUUAUCCGUUUUCAACACGAAAUCCAUAUGACGACGAUGCAUCUCCGUCUUCUCUUGCUGAAGAUUGGGACGAAGAGUGUAAAGUUAUUGAACCAUAUUAUUUCCCAAGGUACAUACGUCGAGCUCAAUGGCCGAAUCAUUGGCGCUGGACGCCACCACUCGGCAUCCGUCGUACGUGUACACAACAAUUACAUCGCAAUCUUGGUUUUCAACCGCCCGGUUUGUAUGAUGAUAUUGAUAGUUUACCAAUAAACAUCAAUCUUCGUCAUUUCACAUUCGAUUUUCAAUAG